GGGCCAGUCUGCCAGCAGGGGGCGCUGGGGACACAGAGGGAGUUGCCCUUUUGUCAUUUAACGAGGGCUGGCUGGCCGGUUGCUGCUUCUCUUCCCUUCCGAACGCACCCCCAGCUCUGUGUUUUUAAUUUUGAUGCUAAUGUGUUGCAUGGAAAUGAAGCCUCCUCUGUGCGUCUUCCCCUCCCUGCUCAGAUCUCUCUAGGGCUGAUUGCUUUAUCUGUGUGCAUAGAAGUGGAGGUACCAGAGAGGCGUGGUGAGUCCACUGUCAAAUCAGGACCUUGCAGGAUGGAUAGCAAACGCUCUUCCGAGGUUCUGCCUUGACUGGAAAGGGAGAGGAGGAGAAAAGGGUUCUUGCUGCAGGUGGAGGGGAAUCGGUCCUGGAAGAUGCUUGAAGGGGUCCCCAAAAGCAAACUAUAGAUUACAAGAUGAGCAACGAAACCAUUCCUGAGGAGGUCUCCUCUUUGCCGUCCCAAGGUCAGCAUUAUUUUGACCAGUUCUCAGAAGAUGAUCCUGAGUACUUGCGCAUCAGGAACAUGGCCGCUGACCUCCGCCAGGAUUUCAACCUAAUGGAACAGAAGAAAAGGGUUACCAUGAUUCUGCAAAGCCCCUCUUUCAGGGAGGAGUUGGAGAGCCUCAUCCAAGAGCAGAUGAAGAAAGGAAACAACACCAACAUCUGGGCCCUUCGGCAGAUUGCAGACUUUAUGGCCAGCACUUCUCCCUCCGUCUUCCCCACAUCACCGUUGAACCUCUCCACAGUGACACCCAUCAACGACCUUUACGGUACCGACUCUACAUCUCUGGCCAAAGGAGAGAGGCUCAUGCGCUGCAAGGUUGGCAGCGUCUACCGACUGCUGGACCUCUACGGCUGGGCACAACUGAGCAGUACUUAUGUCACGCUGCGAGUCAGCAAAGAGCAGGACCACUUCUUGAUUUGCCCUGUAGGCCUUUCCUGUCAUGAAGUCACUGCUUCUACUUUGAUUAAAGUGAACGUGCUGGGGGAAGUGGUGGAGCAAGGCAGCACCAGCUUUUCAGCGGACGCCCGCGGAUUCAGCUUGCACUCAGCCAUCUACGCGGCGAGACCCGAUGUGAGAUGCAUCAUCCAUUUGCACACGCCUGCCACAGCUGCCGUGUCUGCAAUGAAAUAUGGCCUCCUGCCCAUUUGUCAUGAUGCACUGCUGGUAGGGGACAUGGUAUAUUUUGACUACAACGGUGAUAUGGAGGAAGAAGCAGACAGAAUUGAGUUGCAGAAGUGCCUUGGGCCUACUUGCAAGGUUCUAGUGCUGCGGAACCAUGGUGUGGUGGCUCUUGGGGACACCGUGGAAGAAGCAUUUUAUAAGAUCUUCCAUUUGCAGGCUGCCUGCGAAGUACAGGUCUCAGCCUUGUCUAGUGCUGGUGGAACAGAGAAUCUGAUCAUGCUGGAGCGAGAAAAACACAAGCCCCAUGAGGUUGGCUCAGUCCGAUGGGCUGGGAGCACCUUUGGACCUAUGCAGAAAAGUCGCCUGGGAGAACAUGAGUUUGAAGCCCUCAUGAGAAUGCUGGACAACCUUGGCUACCGGACUGGAUAUGCAUAUCGCUAUCCAUUCAUCCAGGAGAAAAGCAAGCAUAAGAGCGAAGUGGAGAUCCCGGCCACUGUCACAGCAUUCAUCUUCGAAGAAGAGGGGGCACCCAUCUCAACCCUCCGGCAGCAUGCCCAGAAGCAACAGAAAGAAAAGACCCGUUGGCUGAAUACACCAAACACUUAUUUACGAGUGAAUGUGGCUGAGGAAAGCCAAGGUAGUGCAGGAAGUCAACGGACCAAAACCACGUGGCUGAAAGCUGAUGAAGUAGAGAAAUCAAGUAGUGGGACACCAAUCCGAAUUGAAAACCCAAACCAAUUUGUGCCUCUCUACACAGACCCACAAGAAGUUCUGGAAAUGAGGAACAAGAUUCGAGAGCAAAAUCGACAAGAUGUGAAAUCAGCAGGACCCCAGUCUCAGCUGCUGGCCAGUGUGAUAGCAGAAAAAAGCAGAAGCCCGUCAACCGACAGUAACUUGGCAGAUGGAGAGGUGAAAGAUGUGUCCCAUGAGGAGGGUCCUCCUGAGCCAGAGCCACCAAACCCCUUCAGCCAGUUGACAGACCAAGAACUGGAGGAGUACAAGAAAGAAGUGGAAAGAAAGAAAUUGGGUCUGGAUGGUGAGAAAGAUGCUGAUGCAGAAGAACAGGUGACAUCACCAGCUGCUAACACCACAAUACAGAGCCCCAUGUCACCAUCCAAGGCUUCAGAAGGUGGGAAGAAGACAGAGAGCAGCCGAACACCUGCUGAUCCAGCUGCCACCAACCCAACAGGCCAGCCAGCGGCAGUGGUGAACGGGAAAGAGGAUGAGCAAAACGUAGAGGAUGCCCUAAGCAAAGGAAUCAGCCAGAUGACUACCAACGCGGACACGGACACUGCAAAGGACAAAAACGAGACUGUCACCAGCGGACCUGUGUCCCCAGAAGGCUCACCAUCUAAGUCUCCUUCCAAGAAGAAGAAGAAAUUCCGGGCUCCCUCCUUUCUGAAAAAGAGUAAGAAGAAAGAGAAGGCAGAGUCUUGAAUGGCUCUUUUGACCUCUUCCUCCCCCACUAGUCCCAUUGCCUUCUGCUCUUCCCUCCACUCUUGCUGCAAAGUCAUGGGAGCAACAGGGGAACUUUUCCUCUGAUUAAGCAACACCAAAAGGGAGAGGUUGGGAGUCCCAGAGUGGCUUUUCCUUAGGAAAAGGAUAAGCCUAGAAGCUUGGAGAAGUUGGGGAGAGUUUUCUGGGGAUUUGUAGGACAGGAUCCACCCAUUCCCCUUGCUCCCCACUGUCACAAUUCCCCUUUUAUCCGCAAGUCACAGAAAUCACUUAGCUGAAGAAUGAUAUUCCAGCAUUUUAAUCAUCUACUGGGAGGGGUGAGGAUCCUUGUUACUUAAUGGUCACCAACUUCAAAUGUGUCUUUCUCCCCCAGCACUAGUGAUUCAAGCCAUUUGAGUCCCAGGGUUCCUGGUUUUCCCAUGGACUGCUUUAUGGCACAGGUGGCCACUGUUAGGGAGAAUUUUGCACACCGAGAUGGAUAUUGAUCCCCUGCUGAAACCAGGGGCCUGGUGAAGAGGGUGUGCGGAACUGUUUUGGUGCUUGAUCAAAUCACCAUUAUUUAUUCCUGAUGGGAUUUUGCUCUGAACUUCAAAAGGGAAGGUUUUGUUUGAUACUUCCUCCUGUACAAAUGUGUGAACACAAAUGUUCUUUGGGUGAUGUGUACUGAAUUAGAAGGCAGCACAGAUUGAGUGAGUGAGUGAGUGGUUCUCAGUGGAGGCAAGAGAGAGCAGCUGCUGCAGAUACAGAGUGCCACAGAGGUAGCAAAGCAUGGGCUGAGUGAUGUAACUCAAGGGUCAAUCUGCUAGGCUGUUCUCCUGUGGAAAACCCCAGUGAUAUCAGAAGACCAUGGGUAAGAGCAUGGUACUUACUGCUCAUGUCAGUGGGUCUUAUGUAGGAGAAUAUCCCAGGGAUUUAUGCUCCAUAUUAAUUCACAGAGGAGGGCAUCCUUUAGAUUUUGUACGGCUGACAUCAAAAUGUUGUGAGCUGGCCUUGGUCCUGAAACUGGAUCAAUCAGUGGAAUUAUUUUCUAAUUCUAAGAGGAACAUGCUGAUCCCACCCCUCUCUCUGGAAAAGAAACCCAUGUGGAUGUUUAUGCUGUGUUUUUCAAGCUUCCAUCUCACCCCACCCUUAAUCCUCCCCGCCCCAGCAACACCCCUUUGAACAACAAAGCAGUCCACCUUGAAGCCUUUUGCUGCCUGUGGCUGAUCUAUUCCAGCUGCUGAGAAAAUGCAUGAACCCUGCAUAAGCUGUAACAAGGAAAAUGCAUGCACCCAGUGCAUCCCACAAAUAUGGGUGUGAGGGUGGGAAGGAAGGCUCUGCCUGCAUUACGUCUAAAAUACGACUUCACUUCGGUCACUAAGUGCUAAACUUCAUUAGUUUGGAAUAUUUAAAAAAAAAACACUGCCAAUAGUUAUCACUUGUGUAAUAGUCAUCCAUAAUAGUAAUUGUGCAACAUACGGCAUAAGAAACAAACCAUUUCUCACUUGCUACACUCUAAAGGAAUAUUUUCACUCGUGUUUUAUAAAAAUGUCACACUUCUAUAAACUGAUUUAAAGAUCGAUCAGAUUGAUCAAAUUACAUUAAAGAUCGAUCAGAAUGCA